AUGCACAAUUCAAUUCUCCAAGACACCAUUGAGAGUGGAGAAGAUGAACAUGACUACUAUCUAGCUGAUGAUGAUCAUGACUCGGAUGGAUCCCAUUUCAUCUAUCUCGUCAACACAAUACUAAGUGGCACGGCACGCCUCAACAUCCUCCUCCCCACUGCCACCAUCCUUGCCUUCUCCAUUUUUUCACCGCUCCUAACCAACUAUGGCCAAUGCAAUGCAUUUGACCGGUGGCUCAUGGCUUUCUUCCUCGCCUUUUCGGCUAUAUCCUGCAUAUUCUUCUCAUUCACUGACAGUUUUCGGACAGCCACGGGAAGGUUGUAUUAUGGUUUGGCUACUAUCCAUGGAAUAAGGACCUUCAAUUGCGGACGUGUGAAACCGUGUUUGCCGGGUGAUUAUAGGCUGAGAUGGGCUGAUCUCUUCCAUGCAGGGCUGUCAUUGGUUGCUUUUCUUACUUUUGUAGCCUCCCAUGGUGAUGUUUUGAGCUGUUAUAAUGUGCAAUUGCCGAGGAAGGAGAAGAGGAAUUGGAUAUCCUUUCUUGCUACAAGGUAA